AUGGUGCGCUUGGGAAAGAUGAGUUACGCACCACAGCUGGGAAUGGCGCAGAAGCUGUGCAUUGGUGAUGGUGAGCAGAAGGCGGCUGGUGCAGUGCGGCGUCCUCGGGAUCGUCGUGUCCCUCGCGGCGUGCUGUGUGAUGUGGCUGAGAGGCGGCAAGUGUGCGUGCGUCCCGUGGUGUGUGAGACGAUAGUGAUUCAUGAGGAGCACGUGGGCAGGGUGCACCCUGGUCAGUAUUCCGUCCUGGUUAGCCCAGCAGACGAGGCGAACUGGAAAAAAAAAGUGGUGGAAGUGGUGGUGGUCAGUUCUCUCCCUCGCAGCGGGUCGACACUUCUGGCUCAGGUCAUCGCUGCCGCCAACAACUCCGUGCUGUUCUUUGAGCCGCUCGCCCGCUACCAAAAGGUGCCUUGCUUCAAAAAUGGCUCCUGCAUCACUGACUUCGUGUCAAGUCUUUUCUACUGUACAUUUGACGAUAAGUUUGAUGUUUGGCUGAAGGGAAAAGGCCUUUUUAUCGGAUACUACCACCCUUCCGUGGACCGAUGCUUUCAGUGGCCCAGGGAGGGCAGCAGUACCUGCAGGCGGCGGCUUGACCUGAGGGCUCUGUGUCGUGGCGCCAGUGUCAAGGUGGUCAAGGUGAUAAGGUCAAGGCUAGCAUGGCUGGCGGCGCUUCUAAACAGGUCUAACGUUAAGAUAAUCUACCUCACACGUGACCCUCGAGCCUCCCUGGCGUCGAUCAACAGGAUGGGAUGGGACAGCCUUCCUUCCCGCCGAUGCGCCGCCCUCACCGCUGAUCUCGACGCAUACACCUCCUUGCGAGUCAGUCAUCCCGACAGGAUCACUCGCUUGAGUCUGGAGGAAUUCUCCCGUAAUCCUAUCCACACGACACAAAGAAUUUUCGAUUUCCUCCUCGGCAGUUCGGUGCUUAAUGACUCGGUCCGAAGGUUCCUGUGGGAGCACACCAACACUUCCCGUUCCUGGCCCAAUGACGGCAACAUGGACACACACCGCAGCAGUAUGCGGGAAGUGGAGGCGUGGCGGGGGAGCGUGACGCGGAGCCAGCUGCGGGAGGUGGAGGCUGAGCCAGCCUGCCGGGCUGCCAUCACGCGCCUCGGCCACGCACUCUUCAACACUCUAGAGAACGCGAGAAACUCCAGCAUAAGUCUUCACUUGAAGACAACAACAGUGCCAAAUGUUUAG